GUUCGCGAUAGUUCUGUUCCAGGCGUCGAGCGCUUUUAUCCCCCUCGUCCUACCGCAGUUGCGAUGGCUACGCACCCGUUUAGAUGUUGAUGAUCCGGAAGGCCACAUUUUCUCCCACGAAGACCUGAAGAUCCUUCUCUAAACAAUCGAAUCCAGAGCCGGAAAAGACGGACCGAAAACGGAGGAAGAUUUCCAUCAAGCAAAUUGUAAAGCGGUUCAGAAAAAUGGGGGCCUCGAGCGGCGGCGGUGGCAACGGCGGUGCCAGCGGUAGCAAAUCGAAGUCGCAACGGUAUUCAGCAUUGAGAAACAAACAGAGGGCGAACAUGAGUUUCUUCAUCGUAGUUAUGUUCUUUGCUGUAUUCGGUAUCAUCGUCUUCACCGAGAUCUUCCUCAUUGAUGAGAGGGGUCGUGGGGCCGGAGUGCUUGUCCGACACGGUUCUUUGGCUUACCAUAAUCGACAGGACCGGAACGAGUACGAUGACAUCCUACAGGGGGAUGAUUAUUUAUCAGUGAGGAUGGGUGGCCAAGUGGACGAUACGAUCGAGGCCGUCCUUAUGGGUCGCAGAGUUGCAGCUCCAGUGCAGAUCCACGUAGAAACCGGAGGUCAAAACGAGGUCCUGACCGAGGGCCAGCUGCCCCAGUUUGCUGGGAAUUGGCGUCCCGCGGACGGCUCCUGGCAAACCGUCAAUGGCACAAGGUACAAAUUUUACGUGUUCUCUGCGUUCUUCGACAACAGGAAAGGUCAACGCGCUAUCCGCGUCAUUGGGGCGACGAAGACACGUGGCCCAGAAAGGGUCUGGUGUCGACUGUGGUACAAGACGAAACCAGAUAAUGGCACGCAACAGCACUACAUGUCCAGGACGGUACCUGCUAAGAUAAAGGUGAUCCGCGAGAAUUGGAACUUAAAGUACAGUGCCUGUUUCAUGCUAUGUCCACUCCAACGGAAUCAAAGUAUACCCAGUGCCGUUUCCAUAGUGGCCAAGGUGAAGUUGGCGCCUGCCAAUCUGCUCCACGUGAACAAUAACUUUAACGAGUCGAGGCCCAAAGUCGUCGAGCAAAAGUUCGCGGUUUGCGUGAAACCGCUGCAUUUCGAUUACAAUAGAGCUCUUCAGAUUUUGGAAUUCAUCGAGCUCAAUAGGAUCCUGGGCGUGGAGCAUUUCACUUUCUACAAUCACACUGUUGGCAAGCAAGUGGGCUGUAUCCUGAAGGAUUACGUCGAAAAGGGAAUAGUGAGUCUUCUGCCGUGGCAGUUGAAUAUGCUGUCGCAGAAGGAGAUCAGAACGGAAGGCCUAUUUGCCGCACUCAACGACUGCUUGUAUAGGAACAUGUACAAGUACUCGCAUGUCUUGCUCGUAGACUUGGACGAGUAUAUUAUACCCAGACACAACGACACCCUUCCCCAAUUGAUAGAGUGGUUGACAACGAGAAUAAAUACAAAGUCGACUGGAUCAUUUUCAUUCCAGAACGCUUUUUUCUAUCUUCAGUGGGGAGACGGAGAUUGGGUGUAUGAAAGCGACGAUUCGGUGGCCACUGGCCUGGUGACUCUGAAGAAGGUGCGACGGAAGUCAAAGCUGCACCCCCACAAACAACGGUCCAAAUAUAUCUGUAGGCCCGAGUUUGUCGUCGAAGCCGGCAACCACUUUGUCUGGGAAUUUAUUCCCGGUCACGGCACAUUCAACGUUCCCGCCGACGCUGCCAUCCUACACCACUAUAGGAUCUGCGAGUUUGGAGGCGACGAUUGCAUCAACACCGCCUCCACCAUCGACACGACCGCCUUCCGUUACAAACAGCGGCUCGUGCAAAGCGUUACCAAUCGCUACAACGUCUUCAAGAGUCAGUGCAACCUGUACGAGUUGCCGCCACCGCCCGAACGCGGCUUCGGCAAAAUCCUGAACAUAUUUAAAGGCGACUCGUCGAAGACUAGGUAAACAGCAAUGCGCGUGUUUUCAGCCGACACACGAUGGAAUUGUUCAAUCAUCCUCAUCACCAUAAUCUUGGCCAUCAUAUCGUAUGUAGGGAGAAGAUUUGUUUUGAUAGACCGACUCGUACUUAGUUCAGUCCAACGAAAUGCAGCUCAAGGAAAUGUGAUUGAAUCCUGGAAGAUAGAAGUGCUCAAUCAAAAGACUGAAAACUGAAACACAACUUUUGCACCUUCCGAACUCAUCACGUUUUCUCUUAGUGUUCAAAUUAAAUAAAUCCAAAAAAUCAAAUAAAAAAUACAUAAUGUUAGGUUUUAAUAAACUCUUCUCUCACUUAAAUAUUCUUCAUGUUAUUGUGAUAUAAUCAAACUGUUUAAUGGUUAAGGAUAAAUUUCUAUACGAAUUUUUGCGUUUCGUCUCUUUUUUAUGGGGGAAGGGAAAUUAUUUGUACUCGACAAUAUCAGAUGUGAAAAAUUAUUUUUGUAUUACGUUUUUUUGAAUUCGUUUCCUUUCUUCGUUCCAUUUGUUUUUCCCCUGUCAUCAAAAUAUCCGCUGCGAUUUAUUAUUAUUACAAGUAUUUUAAGUGCGUGUACAUUGUUUAGCAAUAAUACUUAUUCAUUUGAUGCAAUGUAUUGAGAGAAUGUUGGAGGGAAGUGGACUCUGCCGCCACAAGAAAAGGGACCGGACUUUGCAAAUGCUUAAUCGUGUAUUGGUUCGAGUCCACGACAAUGAUUUUAUUAUAAGUACAGGUGUAUGCAUUAUGGAGCAGGCGACCGCGUUUCCGACUUGCGUAAUAUAAAAUAUCAUGUAUAAA